UUCGUGUAAAAUAGAUAGGUACCGAACCGAGAAAGAUUUGCAAGUUGUCGUUGCACAUUAUAAUUUACAAGUUUUCGGAAUAUUCCCUUGCAAAAUUAUAACACAAGAAGCUAAUUAAAAAAAUAUUAUUAAUUAUCAUAAUGGCUACUGAACCAGAACGAUUCGAUUCUAUGCUUCUGGCUAUGGCCCAGCAACAUGAAGGCGGCGUAAAGGAUCUUUUGAAGACUAUAGUUGGGUUUUUAGCUCGUAAAACUGACUUCUUCACUGGUGGUCGAGAGGGUGACUGGGAAAAAGUAGUGAAAGAAACAUUCUAUGAACAUGCAAAGAAGGCUAAAGAGGAAGCAGAUAGAAUUAAGAGGGAGAAAGAAGAAGCAGACAAGAGACUGAAGGACAUCCAACAGAGAAAAGAACAGGAGCGACUUCAACAAGACUUUGAGGCUGCUUCAGUGACUGAACUGACAGAUCAAGAAGCUGUCAAAUUGCAAGAGGAUAUUGAUAAAGAUCAAAAGAAAAAAGCAGAGAUUGGUGAUGGUGACACCAACCCUGAAGUAGUGGAUCCACCUGAGGAUGAUGAUGAUGAUCCCAAAGAGAAGAAUAAACUGAAACCUAAUUCUGGAAACGGCUGUGACCUUGAACACUACAGAUGGACGCAGACAUUAGAAGAAGUUGAGCUCAGAGUACCACUUCGCCAAGUCCUACGACCCCGUGACCUGACUGUGAUCAUCAAUAAGAAGCACCUGAAGGUCGGCAUCAAAGGUCAACCCCUUAUUAUCGACGGUGAGCUGGACUCCGACGUUAAGGUAGAGGAGUCAACCUGGGUGCUUCAGGAUGGACGCAAUUUGCUGGUUAACUUGGAAAAGGUGAACAAAAUGAAUUGGUGGAGUCGCUUGGUAACAACGGACCCUGAAAUAUCUACCAAGAAAAUUAAUCCAGAACCUUCCAAGUUGUCCGAUUUGGACGGAGAAACUCGAGGCUUAGUAGAAAAGAUGAUGUACGAUCAAAGACAAAAAGAGAUGGGGCUCCCCACUAGUGACGAACAGAAGAAGCAAGACGUCCUUAAAAAGUUUAUGGAACAACACCCUGAAAUGGAUUUCUCUAAAUGCAAGUUCAAUUAAGGAUAAACUACCUAUAAUAGGCGCACCGGAAUUUAAUAUUUUGAGUUUACUACACCGAUUUUUAUUGACGAAUUUUAAUUUAUGCCUAUCGGUGCUAAAAUACAAUGUGAUGUAUUACUAACUUCUAAACUGUUACUAAGUUCAUGCUUCUUUGAUGACUUUGUAUGUAAUGUGGGGAUACCGCAUACUAGUUACUCGUCAUUAGUGGUUCAUAAUGUAACUAGGUAUUUAAUAUUGCUUUCUGCAUUAUUAUGUGUCUGAUUUUAAAAUAAAUUAAGUUUGACACCGCAAA